CAUUAUGAAUAUAACCUCAAAACAAUAGGAUACUGAUAUUGUUUUUAAUUAGAACUUAUCUUCAAGUCGUUCUUGUGGAUAAUCGAUUAUAAUGUUUAGAACUGAGUGUCUGACACUUAUAAUAGACAUGGUAAUAUAUUUACUUGACAUUUUAUUUGUCAAGUAUAACAUAAAACAUUAACAGAUUAUCAAGCUAAAGUGUGAAAUUUAUUGUGUGAUUAUAAUAUAAAAUGUGUUCAAAAAUUGGUAAACUGCUCAAAUGGACCUGCAAACCACUCAUAUAUCCAACUUCCAAGACGUUUUCAAAACAUCCUCCAAAUCUAUGUGAUAGCACAAUUAGUUCAGGUUUGAAUAUUGUCACAUCAAGAAUAAUAACUCUUGUUGGAAACAGUGAUAAUAGAAGACGAUAUAAUACAGCAACUUACGAAAAUGUUCGCGAUGCAGGCAAAGCCAAUAAUGUUUGGAUUAUUGACGUUCGAGACCGGAGAGAUAUUUCAAGGACUGGAGCAAUCAAAAAUGCUAUUAAUAUCCCAUGUGCAAAUAUGGUUACUAUCGCCACAUUCGAGGAGGUGAAGAAUAUCAAACCCGAUGUGUACCUCAUCGAUGUGCGUGAACGGAACGAGUUGGAAGAAACUGGCACUAUUCCUCACAGCAUCAACAUUCCAUUGGUUGAACUAGCAGUAACAAUUGGAUUGGAUGCUGCUGCUUUUAAAUCCAAAUUUGGUCAAGCUAAGCCAACCCUUGACAGCAAAAUCAUCCUCACCUGUAGAUCUGGGGCGCGUGCAGAGAAGGCUGCUAUUCAGUUAAAAGAAUUGGGAUAUAAAAAUGUGGCUUACUACAAAGGCAGUUGGAAUGAAUGGUCUCAGAAAACUGGAAAGGGUUGUUCUAUGGAGAACAAACGUGAAUGCGAUUGAAUUUUACACAAUGCAUACCCAUACAAAUAAUUAUACAAUCAACAAUAUCGAAUAUUUUGUAUUUUAAACAGUGAAAUAGAUUUAUAUGCAUGUUUGAAAACUACAAA